AUGUGGAAAAGAGAAAAGAAAAAUGAUUAUGUUACAAACGAACUAAGAGAGGAUGACUUAUUUCAAGAAAAGUCCAAGACCCAAGCAUCCCUCUCUUCAGAAACUUCAAAGGAUGAUGAUUCUUCAUCCACCGAAGUUGGACAUACCCAAAGAAAACUCCAUAAUCGUCAUCUUCAACUUAUCGCUAUAGGUGGUUCCAUUGGGACAGGGUUAUUUGUUACCAUUGGUACCACAGGUUUGACCGUUGGUGGUCCUUUGGGACUUCUACUAGCUUAUUGUCUUUCAACUUUCCUUAUCUUGCUUCUUACCUCAGCCACCGGUGAAAUGGUCUCUUACCUUCCAGUCGACUCCCCGUUCUUGAACAUGGCCGGCCGUGUCAUUGAUCCCGCCUUUGAAGCCGCUGCUUCGGUUAACUUCUGGGUCAUGCAAAGUUUGUAUAUCCCAUUUGAAAUCACUGCUGUCAAUGGGAUCAUCCAUUUUUGGAGAGACGACUACUCACCUGCUAUCACCUUCUGUAUCCAGAUCGCCAUCUAUGCUGCUAUUAACUUGUAUGCCGUGAGAGUAUUUGGUGAAUGUGAGUUCUGGUUCCUGAUUGGCAAGUUGCUUCUUUGUAUUGGUUUGUUGUUUUUCACCUUGGUCACCAUGUGUGGUGGUAACCCUAAACACGAUGCCUUUGGGUUCCGUAACUGGCACGUGGCCGGCGGCCCGAUUGCCACAUUGUACACCACCGGGUCCUUGGGAAGAUUCCAGGCGUUCUUGGGUGCCUUCCGUUGGAGUUCCUCAUUCACGUGUGUGGGUGCUGAGUACUUGGGUAUGACCGCCGGUGAAUGUGUCAACCCUCGUCACAACUUGCCUAUUGCCUUCAGAACCGUGUUGUACCGUUUGGUUCUUUUCUACGUCGGAGGUGCCUUGUCUGUUUCAAUUCUUAUUGCCUACAACGAUCCAAAAUACGUCGCCUUAACUUCCGACUCAUCAAACGCUGCAUCCUCGCCAUACGUUGUUGCUAUGCAAAAUUUGGGUAUUAGCGCGCUACCACACAUUGUCAACGCUGUUAUUUUAACCUCGGCAUUUUCCGCUGGUUGUCUGUACACAUAUACCUCGUCACUUUGUUUGUACAAUUUGGCCAAGAAAGGGUUUGUUCCUUCCAUUUUCAAGAAAUGUACCCGUCACGGUGUUCCAAUCUUCUGUGUUGGUGUGUCUGUUUGCUUCUCCUUUUUGUCGUUGAUGCAGUUGGGUAAGUCUGGAAGUAAAGUGUUGAACUACAUGGUGAACUUGUGUACCGGGUCCCAGAUCUUGAACUACGCUUUUAUGUCCAUGACCUACAUCGGGUUCUACCAUGCUUGUGAAGCUCAAGGAAUUGACCGCAAGGCUUUCACUUACAGAUCAUGGUUUCAACCAUAUUCGGCUUACUUUGUUUGUUUCAUGUACUGGUGUAUCGUUGGAAUCUUGGGAUACAAUGUGUUUAUGCCAGGUAAGUGGUCUGUGGAUACGUUCUUGUACAGUUACAUCAUGUUGUUUGUUUCUAUUGCUGUGUUUAUUGCGUGGAAAGUUGUCAAAAGAACCAAGUUCAUCAGACCAAGUGAAGCCGAUUUGAUUACUGGGUUGGAAGACAUCGAAAGACACGAGUACGAAUACUAUGCUCAAAUGGAAGCAGCGAGUGUUAAACAAAGCAAGUGGAAGUCUAUUUUGCAUUGGGUUUUCUAG